CGGCCAUUCAAGUUGCUCAAUGUAAGUUAUAGCGGAAGACCUGUGCGGACUGCCAGCACACACUGGACCUAACAUUUUGAUAAUUACAGGCGACACGGCGAAUGGGAUAUGGAGUGUGUUCCAGUACCUAUUGAUGAUCUAGAGAGCAAAAAGGACACAUUAGUAGAAGAUCCAGAGCACAAUGUGUACACCAGGUUUAUGAAGUCCCACCGGUGUUAUGAUCUUGUACCUACAAGCUCCAAAUUGGUUGUAUUUGAUACAUCCCUACAGGUCAAAAAGGCAUUUUUUGCUCUUGUCUCUAAUGGGGUAAGAGCAGCGCCUCUGUGGGACAGCAAAAAACAGUGCUUUGUUGGCAUGCUAACCAUCACAGACUUUAUUAACAUCCUUCAUCGUUACUACAAAUCUCCCUUGGUUCAGAUUUACGAGUUGGAAGAACACAAAAUAGAAACAUGGAGAGAGUUGUACCUUCAAGACUCUUUCAAGCCCUUGGUUAGCAUAUCCCCAAAUGCAAGUUUGUAUGAUGCAGUAUCAUCACUGCUGAAGAAUAAGAUCCACAGACUGCCUGUAAUUGACCCGCUGACAGGAAACACACUUUACAUUCUCACACACAAGAGGAUUCUCAAGUUCCUCAAGCUUUUUAUAUCAGAGAUGCCCAAACCCUCGUUUUUGAGUCAAACCUUGGAGGAACUGAAUAUUGGAACAUUCCAAAAGAUAGCAGUGGUCCGCACAGACACACCGCUGUACACAGCACUGGGCAUUUUUGUCGAGCAGCGAGUAUCAGCGCUCCCUGUUGUGGAUGACAAAGGACGAGUGGUGGAUAUAUACUCCAAAUUUGAUGUCAUAAACCUGGCUGCAGAGAAGAUGUACAACAACCUGGAUGUGACAGUGACCAAAGCCUUGCAGCACCGCUCUCAGUACUUUGAAGGAGUACUGACCUGCCAUAGACACGAGACCCUGGAGGCCAUUAUCAACAGACUGGUGGAGGCUGAGGUGCACAGGCUGGUGGUGGUGGACGAGCAGGAUGUAGUGAAGGGAAUUGUCUCCCUAUCAGAUAUUCUCCAGGCACUAGUGCUUACAGAUGGAGAAGAAGGCACAGCUUGAAGAAGUACCUCAAAACAAGAAAAGGCUGGGCACUUUUAAGAGAAGUUCAGAGCAAAGGGUAAAAAGAACAGAUUUGAGAGCAAAAGUAUGACAGUAUAUUGGAAGUAUCCUCACCGUCUAUGACCAGGUUUCCUGCCUUCAUACAUGAUACUUGUCUCUCAAAGCAAAAAUACAUAUUUUAGCAAAACAGCAAUAUAAAAUAAUAGUAGCACAAGAGUUAAAGCUCUGUCUCAUUGAGCCAAAGUCUGAGCCAGAAGAGAGCCAAGGAAGAUCAUCAGAAAAGGAGCUGAAGCCUUUCUUCUUCUUCUGUGGCUGUAGUGCUGAUCUACAUAGAGAAGGACCCUUGAUUAUAAAUGUACUCAAAAUAAAAUCAGUUAUGUGAUCAGUUACCAACUAAAGAAAAUAUGGACUGACACAUGUUGCCUUUUAUUGGUAGCAUUUUAAUUCAACUAUGAGGCUGAAGUCUAGAGGGCUGCUUGUAAAGAAUAUGAAAGGGUAAUUUUAAAAACUUUCUGAAGAGCAUCAGUUUUAUUUUGUCUGACAUUAAACUGAGCCUUAUUCUAUGUACAAAAACAUAUUCUGUAAUCAGGCUUUAGUUAUUUUAUUCACAAUUUGAAUGCAGGUGUAGGGUCCAUUUUAAUCUGUUCUUUUCUGAACCAGCACACUUCUCUGAUUUGUAAUGCAUAUCUGUAGUUACUGAAGUAUUUAUCUGUGUGUGUCAUACAUGAACUAAAUACUGAUAAAAUCUAGAUACAUGAUA